GCUGACACCCAGAUGCAGCACCCAGGAAGGGUCUCCUUCAAGUUCAUCGAUAAGAUGCAGCUGAAUGACUCCAUCUGCUAUGUGAAAGCUGCUUUUCCUCUGCUGGGCAAGAUCUUGGAGAGAACAGAGUUCAAGGAGAACUCCUCCAAUGCCAGGAAGAUGCAGACAGUGCGAAGGAUGUACAACCGCAUCGAUGAGAACGUCGACCCCUGCAUCAGGGAGGAGGAUGAUGAGGAGAGAAUGCUCUCCCAGAUGUGCUUCAAAGAGUUCACCACCUCCCCCUAUGAGAUGCUGGUGCUGGUGAAGGAUUUCUUCCAGGACAUCAACCACCUCCUGCAGAACCAGGAGACCUUUGAGAAGGAUUGCAGCCAGGUGUACCGCAGGACCUGCCUGGGGCCCAGGAAAGCUGGUUCCUCACCAGGUGUGGGGACAAAUCCUGACUGCAAUUGCCUGUCCCCUGCCCUCCCUUCUGCCACUCAGCCCUCCCUCUCCGCUGCCACCCGGGCGGGCAGGGAGGUGGCACCCGCUAGCACCCGAGCCCCUUACAGCCUCCUCCGUGCCACCCUCGCUGACUUAGAGGUCCCAUCCCAGCCCCUGAGUAGCACGGACGGGGGCUCAGGGACCGAGGAGGUCCUGAGUGCUGUGGGAGGUGACCUAGCAUCGCUACCACCCUCCGGGAUG